UAUUGAUUGAGGAGAAGGGGAUGCGCAUCCCUAUCUAUCUCUGCUGCUCCUCGUCGCUCUCCCCUAGCUGCCGGCCUGAAUUCCCUCGUCGCUACUCGCAUCCCAGGCCAGAGUUCUAUAUAAACACGCGCGCCGCGCGCCAAAGCCCAGCUCAUCACACGUCGCCCCACCACACGAAGCAGGCAGCCAGCCUUGCCUGAGCCAAGAACCCUCAUCUCUUGAGGCGCGGGGGCAAUGGCGGUGCAGGGCGAGGAGAGGGAGAAGGCGGCGGCGGCGGCGGCGGCGAGGGGCCACCCGCUGCUGCGCGGGUGGCGGCGCGACAGGUACACGCACGGGAUGCACCCCGCGCAGAUGGAGGCGCUCCGCGCCAUGUGCGGCGCGCUCAUCCCGUCCCUGCCCGCGGACGGCGCCCACGGCCGCGGGGACCCGCCUGGCGGCAAGGACCUCGAGCGCUUCUACCGCGCCUCCGCCGCCGACUCCACCAUCCCCGACGAGGUUGCUGAGCUGAUGGUGACGCGGUGCAUCCGGGAGGCGGUGGCGCUGGCGUGGGUGGUGCUGUGGGUGCUGAGCACGCGUGUGGGCACGCUGCUGCUGUGCGGCCGCCUGUGCCUCGCCGGCGGCUUCCCCUACGUCCGCAAGUUCGCCGACAUGACGCCGGAGCGGCGUGAGGCGGCGCUGCAGCGCUGGAACCGGGUGCGCUGGCUCUUCCCGCUCCGGAUCGCCUUCGCCAUCGUCAAGAUCCUCUGCCACUACGUCUUCUACGCCAUGGUGAACGAGAACUCUGAGAAUCCGUAUUGGAAAGCGAUUGGAUACAGCGUGCACGAGCCACGGGAGGAUCAGACGGAGGCGGCGCCUUCGCCGUCCCGGCCUCUCGACGUCGGCGUCGUGGAGACCAGGCUGCUGGACGACAACGCGCUGCUCAGGUCCCUCGUGGGCAGGGGCCUCACGGUGAAGCCGGUCGCGUCGGACGCGAACCACCACGUAGUGCAAUGCGACGCCGUCAUCGUCGGGUCAGGCUGCGGCGGCGGCGUGGCCGCGGCGGUGCUCGCGUCCGCGGGGUACAAGGUCGUGGUCGUCGAGAAGGGCGACUACUUCACCGCCUCGGACUACAGCUCGAUCGAGGGCCCGUCCAUGGAGCGCCUCUUCGAGCGGGGCGGCAUCUUCUGCACGUCCAACGUUACCACGAUGAUCUUCACGGGCGCCACGGUCGGCGGCGGCUCGGCGGUGAACUGGUCCGCCAGCAUCCGCACACCGAAGGAGGUGACGCAGGAGUGGGCGCGCGAGCACGGGCUCCCGGUGUUCGCGAGCCCCGGGUACGCGCAGGCCAUGGACGCGGUGUGCGCCCGGCUCUCGGUGACCGACGGGUGCCGGGAGGAAGGGUUCCAGAACAAGGUGGUGCGCCGCGGGUGCGAGGCGCUUGGGCUGUGCGCCGACGCCGUGCCGCGCAACUCGUCGGAGGGACACUUCUGCGGGAGCUGCAACUUCGGCUGCCCCACCGGCGACAAGCGCGGCACCGACACGACGUGGCUCGUGGACGCCGUCGCGAGCGGCGCGGUCAUCCUGACAGGCUGCAAGGCCGAGCGUUUCGUGUUCGAGAAGAACAGCGGCGGCGGGCGCGGCAGGGGCAAGAAGUGCGUGGGCCUCGUGUCGACUUGCGCGAGCGACGGCAUCACCAAGAAGCUGCGCAUCGAGGCCAAGGUCUCCAUCGCGGCGUGCGGGGCGCUGAUGACGCCGCCGCUGCUGCGGAACAGCGGGCUCAAGAACCGCCACAUCGGCCGCAACCUGCACCUCCACCCGGUGUCCAUGGCGUGGGGCUACUUCCCGGAGAACAGGCAGGACCCUCAGCUCACCGGCAAGUCCUACGAGGGCGGCAUCAUCACCAGCAUGCACCGCGUCACGGAGCGCACCAUCAUCGAGACGCCCGCGCUGGGUCCCGGCGCCUUCGCCGCCAUGGUCCCCUGGGAGUCCGGCCGCGACAUGAAGGAGCGGAUGCGCCGGUACUCCCGCACUGCGCAUGCGUUCGCGUUGGUCCGCGACCGCGGCGCCGGGUUCGUGGACGGCGAAGGCCGCGUGCGCUUCACCCCGAGCCGCGAGGACGUCGAGGAGCUCCGCAACGGCCUGCGCCGCGUGCUGCGCAUCCUGGUGGCCGCGGGCGCCGCCGAGGUCGGCACCCACCGCAGCGACGGGCUCCGGCUGCGGUGCAAGGGCCUCCGCGACGAGGACCUGGAGGCGUUCCUGGACGAGGUGACCAUCGAGAAGGGGCCCAUGCACUCGACGGCCGACAAGUGGGCGCUCCACUGCUCGGCGCACCAGAUGGGCAGCUGCCGGAUGGGGUCGAGCCCCCGUGACGGCGCCGUGGACGGCCGCGGCGAGAGCUGGGAAGCCGAAGGCCUGUACGUGUGCGACGGCAGCCUGCUGCCCACGGCGGUGGGCGUGAACCCCAUGAUCACCAUCCAGUCCAUCGCCUACUGCCUCUCCAAGGGCAUCGCCGAGACCCUAACGCAGGGCGAGAAACAGUAGCCUGUAUUCGAGACAUGACAGGCGAUGCGUCAAUGCGUGUGUCGGUGUGUGCAACAUCUUGUGCGUGCGUGUUGAUCGAGUGUACCGACUAUACUACAUUGUGAAAAUGGUUUUCACGGUCGGUGGCGGACACGACCUCAAAUUCUAGAUAAGCCGGAUACAAAAGACUACGAAUAAAAAAGAUCACUUUCAAGUGUAUUCAAGGACACUUUCAAUGAUUGAGAAACAAUUGUGCUGGAUUA